AUGGAUACAGGGAAGAUGAUACAGCUCAAGAGAGUGUUUGGGUACGGCUGGGGCACGAGUUUUUUGAUCGUCAGUGUCAUAGGGACAGGGAUUUUCGUGGCCCCCGGUGGGGUGCUGAAGUACUCCUGUAUGAACGCGGGGCUGUCUCUGUGUAUCUGGGCCGUCUGCGCCCUGUUGACCACAAUGGACGCCCUGUGCUCCGCAGAGAUAGGCAUCAGCUUCCCGUGCAGCGGGGCUCACUACUAUUUUCUCAAGAGAUGCUUCGGCAGCUGCUUGUCUUUCCUGAGCCUCUGGACCACCUUGUUUGUGGCGGCGGGGGUGGCCGCCAGCCAGGCCCUGCUCCUGGCCGAGCACACCCUCCAGCCCUUCUACCCCAGCUGCUCGGCCCCCCAGCUGCCCAAGCAGUGUCUGGCGCUGGCCUUGCUGUGGCUCGUGGGGAUUCUGAAUUCUCGGGGUGUGACAGAGGUGACCUGGCUCCAGACGGCCGGCACCGCGCUGAAAGCGCUCAUCCUCGGCCUCAUCUCCCUAAGUGGACUGGUGCUUCUGCUCAGAGGGAGGAGGGAGAAUGUGCAAAGGUUUCAGGAGGCUUUCGAUGCCGAGCUCCCCAAAGCCUCCCAGUUCAUACAAGCUGUCUUCCAAGGACUGUUUGCAUAUUCAGGCGUGGGAUGCUUAACUUUUAUUGCAGGGGAGCUGAAGAAAUCCAGAAAGACAAUUCCAAAAUGCAUAUUUACUGUGAUACCUCUGGUGACUGUCAUUUAUUUACUGGUUAACAUUUCCUACCUCACUGUUCUGACCCCCAGGGAAGUUCUCUCUUCAGACGCUGUGGCUGUUACUUGGACAAACAGAGUUCUCCCCUCAUUAACAUGGGUCGUUCCUUUCGGCAUUUCGGCCUCGUUAUUUAGCAACCUCCUGAUUAAUAUAUUUCAGUCAUCAAGAGUAACAUACAUCGCUGGCCAAGAGGGUCAGCUACCUUUGUUGUUUAAUACGCUUAAUAGUCACUCGUCCCCGUUAAUAUCGGUGCUACUGCUUGUCACGAUGGCCUCUAUUGUGGUUGUCUCGACAAACCUAAUUGAUUUGAUAAACUAUAUUUAUUUUGUAGUUUCUAUUUGGUCUGUAUUAUCAAUGAUAGGAAUACUAAAACUGAGAUUCCAGGAGCCCAAUCUACCCAGACCUUAUAAGGUGUCUUUGCCAUUUCCAUUGGUAACGAUGGCUAUCAGCCUGUGCUUGGUUUUGGUACCUUUGGUGACGUCCCCACACAUGCAUUACAUCUAUGUGUGUCUCUUUAUUCUCAGCAAACUUCUGUUUUACGUCCCUUUUGUGUAUUUUAAAUGGAAGUUGGUUGGGUUUGAGAAGAUGAUGUGCUAUUUACAGUUGCUGUUUAAUAUUUGCAUCCCUGAUGUGUCUGAUGAACAGGUGUCAGAAGCACAAACUGUUAGCAAAAAACUAGCCAAAUUCUAACAUCAUGCCAAAUUCCAAAUAAAGAUUAAGCACAUGGUGGAGAAUUAAUGAUGAAAUGCCACGGGUAACUUUUUUUGUCGAAUGAGAUAAUAUGUAUUUAAAAACUGCC